CCAUUAUGUAGAGAGAUCAAAUUUGAAUAAAACGUGAGUUACUAAAAGAUCACUCUUCUUGUUAAUUUUAUUCUAAUUAUAAGUCCCAUUUGAUAUCAAUUUGAAAUCCAUUCAAAGGAAGCUCUUUUCUUUUUACUAAUUAAUGAUAUUAGUAAAGUUGUCUGAAUCAGAAAUCCACAUUGUAAUAUCUUUUUAGUAUCUACAAAAGCAUUUGUAUGUUGCCAACCUUAUCAUAUCAGAUCUGUUCAAUAACCCAAACGUACCCAUCCGCCCAACCCCAAACCCAAACUAACCGAAUCACCAGCUGCUCGGAACCGGACCGGUUGAGCCUCCACCCACUCUCUCACUGUAAUAUCUUCUAGUUCUGUCAUGAUGACUUUGCUCGACAAGAAGACAAAUCAAAUUGAUCGAAUCAGUGACUUACCAAGUAAUGUCAUUGAUGCCAUCCUGGGAAACUUGGAAAUCAGAGACCAAGUUGCGACUAGUAUUUUGUCAAAAAAGUGGAGGUAUAUGUGGACUUCAGCCCCACAAAUUUUUUUUGACGAAUACUUUUUUAGAAGCCUUAUGGGUGUUCAUGACGAUGUAGUUUACGAAAUCAUUAUUGGUGUUCUUAUGCUCCACAAUGGGCCGAUACACAAGUUUUCUAUUGACCUAUUCUACACUUUUGAUUUCAACACAGAAAAAUUCAAUAGGCUGAUUCCCUUCAUGUCAAGGGACAUUCAACACCUUGAGCUUGUCAUCUGCGGUUUCGGUUCUGUUGAAGAUCAAAUGCUAGAUAAUCUCUCCUUAGAUAUUCUCUUCUCUUGUAAGGAACUGACUUACUUCAAAUUUAACGGAUGUAAAAAUUUGUCAAUUUCACCUGAUUUCCGCGGCAUUAGAAAAUUGCUUGAACUUGACUUAGAAUGUGACGAAAUCGAGUCUAGUGCACUUGACACUUUUAUGUCUGGCUGUCCGCUUCUUGAAAAGCUCAGCGUUGGAUUCCGUUUUGGUUGUGAUCAUCUUGUUAUAUCUUCUCCUUCUCUCAAAGUCUUCGUGCUAGAAUUGUACGAUACAAAGUCAGUCUGUCUCGAGAAAGCAAACAAUCUGAUCGAUUUUACACUCAAGUUAUCUCGGUUUGGAGCGUCUGUUUAUAUCAAAAGUUUGCCACAAGUUAAGAAGUUUUCUCUCACCAAUUGGGGAAAGAUUCCAUUAGCAGAUAUCAUUCCUCCCGUGCUGCUAACAAGUUCAUUCAGCUCUUUAGAGUAUCUACAAUUGGAUGAGUUCGAUUUGAAUGAUAAAGGAGACAUUUUGUAUCUGGUCCGUCUUCUCGAAAGUGCUCCUAGCUUGGUUAAACUUGUUAUACAGGAUUACGAGGACGAUCAUAGCACACAAGUGUUGGACCCUUCAGAGGAGUUAGAAUGGCGUAGUUGUUGUCUUAAACUUCAGACGGUGGAGAUCUGUGUUGAAGCUAGCUCUCAGCAUGGAAUGAGUUUGAUACAGUUCAUACUUGCAAAUUCUCCUUUGUUGAAGACUCUUACUUUUAAUUUUUGUAGUUACAGAGAAUUAGAUGGACCUAUGUUAAAAACUUCACAAGACUUGUUACGGAUGGAACGAGCAUCACCGAGAGCAGAAGUUAAUUUCAUUCACUCUGCUUAUAGAAGAAGGCCGCUUUCAAUCUACAUAGAAUAAGGUAUCUAUUAUAGCGCACGAUUGAGUUCUGCCAGAAAAAUUUUAAAGGGAAAAAGUAAAAAUAAGAAAGCUGUAUUGAAAAGAAAUCAAUGGUGGAGAUUGCAGGUGAACAAACUGCAAGAGAGAAACAAAACAAAAGGAGAGAAGCUGGAUCUCAUAUUCUAAGAGAAUAAAGUAUUUGGGGAUGUGGUGACAGUGAAUGUAUUGUUUGAUUUAAUGAACUUGUACUUAUGUAGUCAAGUGUUUUUUUAUAGUAUUUGAGGAUAUGUUAUUUCCAGUUUAUUUGGUAUUAUGUGGCCAUUGUUAUGUUCUAACCUCUUAUUACAUGCAAAGAAGUAUUUGGAAGUUAAAA